AUGCAAGACUGGCAGGUGGAGGCCCUGUCAAUGCCCACAAUUCGUUCGGGAGGGAACCUGAUAAUAUCUCUUCCCACUAGCGGAGGCAAGACUUUGAUGGCAGAGCUGCUCACUCUCCGAACAAUAUUGUGCCACAGUAAAAAUGUGAUUAUCGUCCUUCCAUUUGUGGCUAUUGUAAAGGAGAAGGUCGACUCGUUUACUGAGUUUUCGGUCGAGUUGGACUUUCGGGUAGAGGAAUACGCAGGAGGACGAGGAAUGUUGCCACCAGUCAAACGUAGCCGUCGUUCUGUUUACAUUUGCACUAUUGAGAAAGCCAACUCUUUGUUUGACAGUCUUGUUUGCAAUGAACGCAAUGGGGAAGUGGGAUUGAUUAUUGUUGACGAGUUCGGUUAUUUUGAGGAUUGAAAGUUGCAUAUGUUGGGUGGAGGAGGUUCGCGGGGUGCUUUGUUGGAGGGAUUUAUGACUAAGGCAAUGUUUUCCUCGCCAAACCUGCAAAUGAUCGGAAUGAGUUCGACAUUGGCUCGAAUUGAUGAUUUGAAAUGUUUCAUGUCCGCGGAGUAUUUUACAAGUCAUUUUCGACCAGUGGAGUUGAAUCAAUAUCUAAAAGUGGGGACUAGCAUUUAUCGUUUGUGCCCUGACGACAGAAGCACGUUCGAACAGUACAGUAAAGAAAUGAAAGAGGUUGACUGUGAUCAUUUGGCUGGACUUGUGUCAGAAGUAGUGCCCAACAAGUCGUGCUUAAUAUUCUGUCCCACCCGAAAGAACUGUGAGAGCAUAGCCUUAAUGUUGGCCACACUAAUGCCCAAGAACUUUCGUCGUCUCAAAGUGAACGGGAAGAAGACACUUCUCCACGAUUUGGAAAAUGAGUCUAACGGGUGUCUAUGCAGUGUGUUGAGUCAGACAUUGUUAUAUGGAGUGGCCUACCACCACGGAGGACUUACCAAUGAGGAGAGAAAGUUGUUGGAAGAUGCUUUCGCAGCAAAGAUUGUCGUUGUGUUGUGCUGCACAUCUACUUUGGCUGCAGGAGUCAAUUUGCCUGCACAGAGAGUGAUCAUUCGGUCUCCUUUUGUGGGGGUUGAGGCGAUGUCCCCUUCUCAAUAUAGACAAAUGAGUGGCCGUGCAGGGAGGGCAGGGUUGGACGAGGUGGGCGAAAGUUAUCUUAUUCUUGAAGAUAGUCGUCAGAAUGUGGUGGAAUCCUUGUUAUAA